GGCUCCCUCGGGCUGGCAGUGCGGUGCGCGCCUGCGCCGGCUCUCGCCUCGGAGCAGCCAUGAUGGAAGGCCUGGACGACGGCCCCGACUUCCUCUCAGAGGAGGACCGCGGACUUAAAGCAAUAAAUGUGGAUCUUCAGAGUGAUGCUGCUCUGCAGGUGGACAUUUCUGAUGCUCUUAGUGAGAGGGAUAAAGUAAAAUUCACUGUUCACACAAAGAGUUCAUUACCAAAUUUUAAACAAAAUGAGUUUUCUGUUGUUCGACAACAUGAAGAAUUUAUCUGGCUUCAUGAUUCCUUUGUUGAAAAUGAAGACUAUGCAGGUUACAUUAUCCCACCAGCACCACCAAGACCUGAUUUUGAUGCUUCAAGGGAGAAACUACAGAAGCUUGGAGAAGGAGAAGGGUCGAUGACAAAAGAAGAGUUUACAAAGAUGAAACAGGAACUGGAAGCUGAAUAUUUGGCAAUAUUCAAGAAGACAGUUGCAAUGCAUGAAGUGUUCCUGUGUCGAGUGGCAGCGCAUCCUAUUUUGAGAAAAGAUUUAAAUUUCCAUGUCUUCUUGGAAUAUAAUCAAGAUUUGAGUGUUCGAGGAAAAAAUAAAAAAGAAAAGCUUGAAGAUUUUUUUAAAAACAUGGUUAAAUCAGCAGAUGGAGUAAUUGUUUCAGGAGUAAAGGAUGUAGAUGAUUUCUUUGAGCAUGAACGAACAUUCCUUUUAGAAUAUCAUAACCGAGUUAAGGAUGCAUCUGCUAAAUCUGAUAGGAUGACAAGAUCCCACAAAAGUGCUGCAGAUGAUUACAAUAGAAUUGGUUCAUCAUUAUAUGCUUUAGGAACUCAAGAUUCUACAGAUAUAUGCAAGUUUUUUCUCAAAGUUUCAGAACUGUUUGACAAAACAAGAAAAAUAGAAGCACGAGUGUCUGCUGAUGAGGACCUCAAGCUUUCUGAUCUUUUAAAAUAUUACUUAAGAGAAUCUCAAGCUGCUAAGGAUCUCCUCUACCGAAGAUCUAGGUCACUAGUGGAUUAUGAAAAUGCUAAUAAAGCACUGGAUAAAGCAAGAGCAAAAAAUAAAGAUGUUCUACAGGCUGAAACUUCCCAACAAUUAUGUUGUCAGAAAUUUGAAAAAAUAUCUGAAUCUGCAAAACAAGAACUUAUAGAUUUUAAGACAAGAAGAGUUGCUGCCUUCAGAAAAAAUUUAGUGGAACUGGCAGAGUUAGAAUUGAAGCAUGCAAAGGGUAACCUACAGUUGCUGCAGAACUGCCUGGCAGUGUUAAAUGGAGACACAUAAGCCACUCUCCGCCUUCCUGUUACAAAGGGCUGCCUUCCUUCAAAUUUUAUUUUUGUUUUCUUCAUGAUUUAGGCAUUUGUGCUCACUGGAAACAAACAAAAAACAGCUGACAGAGUGGAUCUCCUCUUCCUUUUCCGAGCAACGGCGGGGCCGUGCACAGGUGAAGCCAGUCUGUGUGGUGGAGCACUGUGCUCCCCAACAGCUGCCCAUCAUCGGCGCUCAUCCUACUCAGAAGUCCAAAGUUCUUUCUUUUUCAAAGUAGCCUCUAUGUGUUUAUUUUAUAAAUGGUAUUCCUUAUGGCUGCCAAUCUUAUUUAACUUUAAAUAAUUUUUGAAGUUUAACCCUUUCAAAAUGUACCGUCCAAACAAGAUAAAGAUUGCCUUUCUUGAGGUUUUUUUUUUUAAUUUUGUUUUUAAAAAGCAUUGUAUACUACCUUAGUUCAUUCAUGUAUCCUGGUAAAGCAUCUUAACCAGACUUAUUUUUAAUUAAUGAACAUUUCUUAGAUGUUUGGGGACAGAAUUUAUGUAAUCUUUAUAAGUAUGAUUUCUGAAGAAAAGCAAAUGCAUUAUUAGUAUGUUUGCCUUAAACUUGUAGACUAAACCAAUUAUUGUAAAAUAAACAGCGAUAACAGUGAUAGUUUUUAACCAUGUGAUCAUUGUAUCACUCUCUAAAAUGUGGAGUAGCUAUAAUAAAUCUACUCCUGUAUUACGCUUU